AUGGAUUAUCGCACACACUCUGCUUGCCUUCUUUGGCCUCCAUAUCCCACUCUGCCUGUUAUCAUAAAUUCACGUGUCAUUUGUGUUCUCAUUCAGGCGGACGUUUUCCAUGCUUAUCAACUUGUGCGUAAAAACAAUGUUCCAGCGAAGAAUAUAAUAACUUUCGCCUACGACGAUAUUGCAAGCAAUCCCAAAAAUCCGUUUAAAGGCAAAGUUUUCCAUGACUACGAGCACAGAGAUGUCUACAAUGGGGUGGAAAUUGACUACCGUGGAAAA